AUGAGGCCUACUUCAAAGUUCUAUGGCUUUCAUGAGCAACCAAAGAAGGUGAUAAAUGGGCCACGUCCCUCCCCUUUGGUGAUCAACAAUCAUUCCCAAUUGAUACGCAAGUCUUCAGUUUCUUCAACAUGUGUUGUUGCUGACCCCAAACUUCACAAGCAGCAGAGGAGACCCAUCAUUAUUUACACUCAAUCACCCAAGGUUAUACACACCAAGGCUCAAGAUUUCAUGGCUCUUGUUCAAAGACUCACUGGCAUGUCACGCACCAAUGAUGUGAAAGAGGCCUCUGAGAACUUUGGAUCAUCUUUGUCCGAUGGAUCCAACAACAAUAGUAAUGAAACUAGCUCAGCUCUUAGGAGGGGUGAUGAGACUUGUAUUGAGGGGGGUGCGAAUGUUCAAUAUAAUUCCUCUAACCUGGAUUUUGUCGAUAUGCCACUGUUCACUCCAAGUUCCUCAGAUUUCUUUUGUUCAUCGGCUAGAUCAGUGUAUAAAUAUUCUGAUUCCCCAUAUGGAAUUUUGGGAACUUUGAUAUCUCCUUCUGGGUUGGAAUUCAUGAAAGAGUUGCCUGAAUAUUGA